AUGUCCUCACAGGAAGAAGAACAGACGAAUUACCAAUCGGAAACGGAUCGUGAGGUCAAAGAUAGGGGGGAUAAUGGAGAACAGAAUGAGGGAAGUGAUAUGGAUGACUUGUUUGGUGAUGAUAGCGACCAGGAAAGUGAUGAAGGGCCAAUUGUUCUGAAAUCAUCCAGUAAGCCAACUGCUUUCAUAGAUGAAGACGAAGACGCAGGCCAGAUUGAUGAAGAUGAGGAUGAUGAGGAGGAGGAGGUUGAACAACGUGAAAUUAACGCCAUUGACCUUGACUUGCCUAAACACCCAGUCUCCAACAGAUCUGAAAAUGAUGACAUAUAUUUUGUCAGCUUGCCAGCAUUUCUUAAUGUCGAUCCAUUUCAAUUUGACGGAACGAAAUUCAAGAAGUCAAUUUUGGAAAGCUCCCAUCUCAGUCAUGAAGACAGAACAAUGGAAAAGUUAUUUGCAGAGAAUAUGAUUAGAUGGAAAUAUGGGACUUCUGGGGAUAAAGCUUUCAAACAAUCAAAUGCACACUUUGUGGAAUGGUCUGAUGGAUCGUUAUCUUUGAAAUUAGGAAAAGAAAUAUUUGAUAUUGUGAGAAAUCUGACAUCCGACCAUUUUUUGACUAUUCGUCAUAAUGCUCUAGAAAUUUUCCAAACAGACAGUAUUUUCGGUAAAAAUAUGAAAAUUAUUCCAUCAUCUACUAGUUCUGAAAUUCAUAAAAGAUUAACCAACUACAUAAAGGCCAAGAAUUCUAGAUCAGAUACAGUCAACCAAGCGCUACUUGACGUUGAUCCUGAGGAAGUUUUGAGACAAAGAGAAAAGGCAGAAGAGGAGGCUAUUAGAAACCAAAGAAGGUUGGAACAACGAAAACUAAUGGAGGAAGAAAGAAUGGAAAGAUCAGGCAGAACUUCUAGUAGAAAUACUACAUCUAGCUAUAAUUAUGACUAUGAUGAUGAUGAGGGAAGUCAUGUAACAGGCGGUAGACUGAGAUCUGGAGGAUAUUUUGACGAAGACGAAGACGACGACUUUGUGGCCGAAGAUGAUGAAGAAAUAGCAAGCGAUGAUGAAGAAGAUGAAUUGGACAGAUCAGAAAGAUUAAAUAAGUUAAAGGAAAGUGGAAAGAAGAAGUACGACGAUGAUGAAGAUGAUGAAGAGGAUGAUGAAGAAGCUGUUAGGGUUACGAAAAAGAGAAGAGUAAUUGCAGAUGACGAGGAUGAGGAUGAUUGA